AUGCCUGUUUGUUUGGAUGCUGCCUCCCGGGUUGCUCAGAUGCAAUGUGAAAGAGAGAGUCUUCUCAAAACUCCUGAAGGCGUUUUACCGGAUCCUAGUGAACUUCAUAAUGGAUGGAUAGGUGAACUUAAUUGGUUGACCAAGUGGCCACCUAUACUUCUCCGUGAUAUUACUUUGUACAUAAUAAAGGAUCAUCCAUGGAACGAUAUUUCCCUUCAAAAACGUCUACUGAAUGAGUACAAAGAGGGAAAAGCCGGAUGGUUAAAACAAAUUUAUAUACAUCCUGUUGAUAAUAACUGUAACUACUGUUUCUUGAAGGCAGAAUGCACCCCUUCUAUGAAAAUAAAUGAUGUACCAAACAUAGUGUGGAUAUGUGCGAAGAAAGAGUCAGGAGAGAUGCACAGUGCUUUUUGUACCUGUACAGCAGGGUAAGCGAUUUCCUUUAAAGUAAGUGAUUGUAGUAACAUAUAGCUUCCAGUAUGUCCCUCGCAAAAAUUCCUAUAUAGCUAUAUAGCUCUACUGAAAAAAGAAAUGUUAUCCUAGCAGUUCUGCAUUAGAAUGAGGAAUCAGAGUGCUAAAAAAGACACAAGAAACCACAAUAUACACUGUAAUCCUUUCUGUAGGUUGGGUGGUUCGUGUGUCCACAUUACUGCCAUGUUCUUUCGCAUUGAAGCAGCUGUAAGAGGGGGAUUCACAAACUUAGUAGUGGCAUGCACUUCAAAGGCCUGCACAUGGAAUGUUCCCUCCCAAAAAACUGUUAUUGAGCCUGUUCGUGCCAAAGAUAUGAAUUUCACAGCAGGUGAAUUCAACAAAGGUGUGAAUGCUGUAUGUUAGCUAAUGUAGGUAAAGUUCUUAUUAGGAUAUUGUUAGACUCCCAUCAUCAUCAUCAUUAUCAACAGAUGCUCUCUUGGACAAGGUUAUCAACAUGUUCUAUGCCCCAAUAAUGAUGGCUCAUAGUAGUCAGACGUAAUGUAGGUAAUCCGUGAUUGAAAAGAAUAAAAAAUAGAGCACCACUGCUUUUACGCAUGCUGGUGUAAGCAAUUGCUGACGUCCGCAAAGAAUCAGCUCACUAAUGACCUCUGCAAACUGAAACUAUAGAAGAGCCACAAUCAUAACAUUAUACAGACACAAGCAUAAAUGGUUCCUGGAUAUCCCUGCCCAUAUUAAAAAAAAAAAUACAGGUUUCACUAUAUUGCUGAUCUUAUGUAACAGAUAAAAUUUUUAACUCUUGGGGGAAAUAGAAAUAUUUAAGACUGUAUGAUGGAAUUGUACUUUUCAGAGAUUUUUGUUUAUUUAAGACAAUCUGUUGUCUAAGCAGGAUUUAAUAACUUAUAGGGUCUGUGCAUGUCGCAUCCUUUAGAGGCUGUUUUAAUAUGUAUGUGAAUUUCUUUCAUAGAGGCAUCAAGGGCAGCAGUGUCUGCAAAGCGAAAGUUGUUUGUUCCAAGGAAAAGGAUAUCGACACCCAGGGGAAUAACCGCAAGCACAUGUUUGAAGAACUUAAGAAAACAGUACCAAAUGGUUGUUGUACUUCAUUUUAUGCAAGGGACUAUGAAACAGAUGUCUCAUCUGAGGUUCCUGUUGCUUCUAAUGCAAAUUUACUUACCAAAGUAGCUGCAACUUGCAAAAGUGUGGAAGAAUUUUUGUCACAAAUGCCUGUCCCCACAGAUGUACAAGUUCAGCAGAUAGAAACCGAAACACGGGGACAGGCAGACAAUGCAAUGUGGGCUAAUCAGCGCAAAGGCAGAAUCACAGCAUCAAAUUUCUACUAUGGUUUUACCAGAGUUUUACCAGCUAACCGUUCAAUAAACCAUAGUGUAGAGCCUCUCUUGAGAAAAAUCAUGGGUUAUGAUGCAAGUAAAGGACAUAACAUUCCUGCUUUAAAUCAUGGUAAAGAAUAUGAGCCCAUUGCAAAAGAAAAGUAUAUACCUUUAAUGAAGUGCAAUCACAAGGAAUUCGCAUUCUCAGAAAGUGGGCUAUUUGUUGAUCCAUCAAGACCUUACUUGGGGGCAUCUCCAGAUUUACUAGUCUAUUGCAGUGGUGUUGGAAUGGGAUUAUCAGAAAUGAAAAUUCAUUUUUCUAUUGUUAACGAGAUACUGUCUGCAAAAAAUCUCCCCUACCUUGUGGAACAUGACAAUGUCACAAUGCUUAGAAAAGAGCAUGCAUAUUAUGCUCAAAUAGAAGGGCAACUAGCUUUGUGCGGGAGAACGUACUGUGAUUUUUUCGUUUUCACCCGUGUUGGUUCUCUAUGCAGUGAAUUUAGUUUGAUCAGAGUUAUUGGCGUAAGUUAG